AUCUAACAAUCAUACUCUUCCUCCUUGCUCAGUCUCCUACUCCCUCCGUCCCUCGAGCCCCAUUCCUCAGACUCUCUCCUCCUCUCAACUUUAUCCCCUAGGUCACAGUCUCGCCCACCGCCGCAAGGAGAGCCUCAGCGCCGCCGUCUGUUGCGCUAAGGAGCCACCGUGUCUUCCUCCGUUGUGCCUUGUUUCCCCAACCGCUUCUCCAAUCUCCUUCCUUCCGAAAGCAGAACUGUCCUCAAACCUAGCCUCCACCACCACCGCAAGGAGUGAGCCACUGUCGCUGUCCGUCGCACUCAGGGGCUCCUCUCUUCGUCUGUCGGCGUUCUCCAAGUCUCCAAACCCUGUUCGCUCUCACCAAUCCAGAACCUUGGGUUGUAGCAACUAGCAAGUCAAAGGCACCGCCAAUCUCCUUCCCCAGGUCAGUUUCUCACGUGCUGACAAUAUUUGGCUUCAUCACCUUAGCAUUGGCCUAAAAGGAAACCUUGCAAUCGUGCAACCAAACCUUGUCCGAUUAUGGCUUCAGCGCAGUUUCUCCGCUCAAAUCACCUUCAUAUUCAUGGUGGUUUUACCUCUGCGCUUCCCGCCAUUCCACCCUUCUCACGCAACCAUCUCACCUCGCUCGACCAGGUUUACUUCUCUACGAACCGGUCCUUGCCUCCUCUGUGUGCGGUGUCCAAGAUUGGUUUCUCAGCAGCAAAAGAUGAAGCCGCUUCUUCUGGUGAUAUUCAAUUCGAGGCACCACUGAAAAUUGUAGAAUAUCCAGACCCGAAAUUGAGGGCAAAAAAUAAACGCAUAGUUAGCUUCGAUGAUAAUCUGAAGAGUCUCGCCCGCGAGAUGUUUGAUGUAAUGUACAAAACCGAUGGUAUUGGUCUCUCAGCACCCCAAGUUGGAAUUAAUGUUCAGCUUAUGGUAUUCAAUCCAGUGGGUGAACCUGGGGAAGGAGAGGAAAUUGUUCUUGUAAAUCCAAGAGUUAGCAAAUACUCAAAGAAACUGUCAAUUUUUAAUGAAGGGUGUCUAUCAUUUCCUGGAAUAUAUGCUGAUGUGAAGCGACCUGAAUCAGUGAAGAUUGAUGCACGUGAUGUAAAUGGAAAUAGAUUUUCAUUCUCGUUGGAUGGGCUUCCUGCUCGAGUAUUCCAGCAUGAGUUUGAUCAUCUGCAGGGGAUUCUUUUCUUUGAGAGAAUGACUGAAGAAGUUCUUGGUAAUAUCCGUGAACAGCUACAGGCCUUGGAAAUGAAGUAUGAACAACUGACUGGAGUACCAAGCCCUGAAAAGAUACAAAACAGGAGGGAAAGAAGGAAUGCUGUUGGUUUUGGGAAAUCAUGAUCAAACCUGACUCAGGUACAACCGUAAGCUCAACACCUACGAAGAUUUCGAAUUCGAAACAUUUCGAGUUUGCACAAGUAGUAGCAGGAGGGGACUGCUCUGCGAAGAGAAAGCUGGCUGAAACAUUCCUUUUGACGCAAGUCCAUCUGGCCCAGAAAAUUAUAGUGAUCUCUAAAUCCCUUUUUGACGCUAACUCAGCAAAUGCAUGGAUGAUCUAACACUUUUUUUUGUCAUGUUAGACUUGUUAAUUAGAUCAUUCUUAAAAUUUUAAAAUAUUCUUGCAUUUGUUGAGUCCGUAUUGAAAAGGGAUCCAAAAACUACUAUGAUACUCGAAGCCCAACUUCAAAAACCAAUGUAAUGUAACUAAAAAAAAAUAAAUUAUUAAAAGUUGUAAAUUUGAGUAAC